AAAUAAAUAAAAAUAUUGCGGUUUCCCCUGCCUCCAGUGCCCACCAGAACCGAGUCCGCCCCAAUGCCGUUGCCUCGCUCCCACUCCUCACAAAUUCCUCCCCCUCCCUGAAACCAAACCCUAGCGCUCCUCAAUCGCACAUAGCACCCCGGAAAUCCGCCCAGCUCGAGCCAGAUUUGGCUUUGCGCGGACCAAUUCGGCACCCAAUAAAUCCGGGGGGUGUCCCCUUGGGCAUGCUCGCUUGAUCGCGUCCGACCCAUGGGAAUGUCGGGGGCCGCCAGUGGCGGUGCCGGAUGCGGACGCGGCGAGUACAUGAGGAUCCCGGAGGAUGUGGACGCGAUCAAGGAGGCCGUAAAGGAGGAAGGGGAGUGCCCAAGGUUGCUGCGAUGCCGCGCGAUCCGGUGGUGGGCGAAGGUCGCCGUACUCGGGAUCUUCCUCGCAGGCGCGGCCGCGGCCGCCGUCGUUUUCCUGGGCCCACUCGUCAUCAAGAAGGUGGUUGUGCCGAUUAUUGACUGGCAAUCAAGAACUUUCAGCCGACCAGUUAUUCUUCUAAUAUGUUUUGGUGCAAUCGCUUUAUUCCCAAGUGUCUUGAUACCUUCUUCUCCCUUUAUGUGGAUUGCGGGGAUGACCUUUGGAUAUGGUUAUGGCUUUAUGAUAAUUACAACGGCGAUGAGCAUAGGCAUGUCAUUACCAUUUUGUAUAGGAUCUGCGUUUCAUUCCAGAAUACACAGAUGGUUGGAAAAAUGGCCGAAGAAAGCUGCUUUUGUUAGACUUGCUGGUGAAGGAGAUUGGUUCCAUCAAUUUAGGGCAGUUGCUUUACUUAGGAUUUCUCCAUUUCCAUAUAUAGUUUUUAACUACGCUUCCGUGGCUACAAAUGUCAAAUAUUGUCCAUAUAUAGUUGGUUCAAUGGCGGGAACCAUACAUGAAACCCUCCUUGCAAUUUAUAGUGGGAAGCUCGUUCAAAGCUUGGCUGCGGCGACUAGCCAAGGGUCUUUCUUGUCAGUGGAUCAGAUCAUCUACAAUGGAAUUGGCUUUGCGGUUGCUGCAGUUUCCACUGCUGCAAUAACUAUUUAUGCGAAAAAGGCGCUCCAAAAAUUGCAAGCCGAGGAUGAGCUAUGUUGAUAUCCUUGCUCCGGAUCAAAUCUUGAUGCUAGGUCCCCUCCAGGUGUAAACUACAGACAUGCACUACUAAUCUUUCAAUCGUCAACAACCUGCAACAGUUGUAAAGAAAAUAGAGAUCCAGAAUCACUUCCCUUCUCUCUUCUUUUGGUUUUGUUUUAAGUAGAGAAAGAACUGUCAAAAUUAAGAACUUCAAUCAAUUUACGAACCGGGGCCUGUGCAAUGUUAUAUUUCAAGCUGCUUAAGGUGAAAUUAUCUUUGUUUUGUUUA